AUGCCGUCUAUUGAUUCAAAGUUUCAAUCUCCAUGCCUGGACCAGGGCGAGUCCAUCUUCUUCACUCGCCUCCCGGGCGAAAUUCGCGACUACAUUUACCAUCUGUACGCCUCUGUUGAUGCCAUUUCAGAUGGCGUGUCGACGAGUCAGCCCGAGCAGCUCUUUCUAAACGAUGAGAAGCCGUAUGAUGGCGAUAGUGAAAGCUUGGCACUGAGAUGCUGCUGCCAAAGGGUCUUUUAUGAGAUGCGCCGGGCGAUGGUGCGUGAGGUAGCCCUGGCUUUCUAUUCACAGUGGAACUUUCGACUUCAGCUCGCAGUCCAUGGGCGUCUCGACUGGGCUCGCACCCAAAAGCUUCGCAUUCAACUGCGCAACGAAGAUAAAUUCAAUCUCAUCGGUGCCGGGUUCACCAACAAGGCCCUGUUGCGGACAAAAGCCUUGCAGGUUCUAUAUAUCGAUUGCUCCGAAUUCAAUCGCCCCUCUAACCGAGCGAUUGGACCGAACAUUGUCAUUUCUAGUCCAGAUCCUGAGGUGGAGGCGAAUGAUGAGGCAGAAUUUGAAGAGUUUGAGCAACGGCAUUUCAUGGAGGCCAUGCUUGCUGAUUGCGGCACUCAACUGGAAACGUUGGAGACAGUGGUGCUUGACGGCAAAGGCCGUUAUCCCGCGUUUUGGCCGGAGCAAGUCCGGCAAUAUGUCAAGGAUGAAGUCCAAGUAAUUGAGCUUCAAUAG